GUACUAUUUCAUUACUUUACUAAUUUCAAUUUUUAUUAACUCAUUAUUCAUUUUAACAGGUUGAUGGAACUUUCCUUACUGGGAAGUAUAAAGGAACUCUUCUUAUUGCCACUGGGGUUGAUGGAAAUUUAAGUAUUUUUCCCUUAGCAUUUGCAUUAGUUGAAGGGGAGAACAACCUAAGUUGGGCAUGGUUCUUUGACCAGCUACACGCCCACGUCACACAAAGAAUGGGUAUUACAAUUAUAUCGGAUCGACAUGCCGGGAUUAAACACGCCGUCCGUGGUUUCCCGGACGAAUGGGGAUGGACAUGGCGUUGGUGUAUUCGUCACUUCCUAGCCAAUUUCCAACACAAAUUUGGCAAGAAGAAAGACAUAAGAGAUCAAUUGUGGAGUGCAGCCGUUGCACAUCAACCAAAAAAGUACGAGCAGAAGAUGAAGACGAUCCGUCAAAUACACCGGGCGGGAGCAGUAUGGGCAGAAGGUCAAGAUCUGCACAUGUGGACAUUUCACAUGGACAACGGGGCUAGAUUCGGAAUUGCAACUACCAACCAUGGGGAGAGCAUAAAUGGAGUCUACAAGGGCAUUAGG